AUACAUUCAACGAGCGAUGGGUACUAUAUGGCAGGAUCCUCCUUGUGGGUGGCUAUACUGAUAGCGUCACUAAUCCUACUGAUCGAUGUGACAUAUACAAUCCCGAGACGGGUAUGUGGUCGCCUGCAGCGCCCUUGUCUGUUGGUCGUUUCGGCCUCGGUGUGGCUACUGUUGCUAAUGGAUUUGUAUACGCGGUUGGAGGGAAUACUGGUCUUCACGGACCGACAUCUCUAGUAGAGUAUUAUGAUCCUGAAGAGGAUGCAUGGUUCCCAGCACCGCCACAUCAUCAACUCCCUUACCCCACGGCAGGAGGUCGCCUCGUCUCCUCUCAUGGAGGAGUCAUGUUGCACGUUGUCGGUGGCUGCAGUGACACCUUUACAGCGUCGGAGAACAUCCUCACUGUUGAUAUUUCUAACGACUUUACGAAUCUGGAGAACUUCCGCAGUUCUAACACGAAUCUUCCGGAUGAAGUCGGCCGGUGGACUGUUACUCACAAACUGAGUACUCGGCGGGCUGCGGCAGCUGUCUGUGUUGACGAGAAUGAUAAUCUGAUCGUCUCCGGUGGAUUUACUGAGCCCGGCAGCCCCGAGCGUGAACUCUCUAGUGUUGAAGUUGUAGACCUGAAAGACUGCGGUGCUCGAGCGCGCGUGAUCGGAGACAUGUCCUACAAGCGAGGAGGCUGUGUCUCCGUUCAAGUCCCAAGCGUCGGUUCUGUAGUGAUCGGUGGUGAAAGUACCUUGCAAGGGUCGUCCAGCGGAGUGCCUCCAUCUCCUGAUCUUUUUGUCAAUCACGAGGAAGAGGAUUUGUGCCGCAUGGGUAGUCCUCCUCGGCCACCGUCACCGCGGAAUCAUUCGAGAUUCAUGUCACAGCAUGAACCAUUCACACCUUUGCCGAAUCGAUCGAGAGUUCGAAAUGAUAAUCCAGAUGAGACUGCUUCACCAGUGGUACUUCCUACAUCUGAGGUUGUCGGAGUUGGCAAGUGGUCUCUUCUGCCCUUGAUGCCCGAGGAGCGCACCGCAGCCGCUGUCGCUGUCGUUUGGAAGAUUCCGAGUGGCUUCUUCUACAAACCGUUGGUUGAUUUACUCGCUGUAUAAUUCGUGGUACAUCUACAAGCUGAGCGAAGUAACCUGCUGGUCUCGCUCGUGUAUCCACCAA